AUGAGUGCUCCACGCAUGAAGAGUUUCAGAACCGAUCUUUUUUCCCCAGACAACAUCACGUCCGUCGAGGAUGUACAAAACGCGCUUUUUGAAUUACAAUCCAUCUUUACUGAACAGAACUAUGAACAUGUUCUUGAUGAGCUGCUCCAGGCACCGUUCCUCGUCGAACUUGUACUAUCAGAUCUGAGUAUACUUUCGGUCAAAACAUGGUUACUCGAGAAAUUCCCAACAUCGCCCACAUCCUUCAUCUCAUCAGUGACUUGCCAGCUUCUGUUGAAGCUUGCUACUUUCUUCGUAUUUCCUCCGGUUUCAUUCUCCCAAGAGAUUCUAGACCUCAUGAGGGAAUUUCAUACGACUGUGAGGCAUGCGCCAGCGGCCUUACACGAUCUUUUCGCGAUGUCCUUCGUGGAUGAGGGACAACAUAAGGAAGCCAAGGAGUUGUCCAUAUCCUCGGAGGGCAGGUCGAAAAGCCGAUGGAGAAGCAAGGAUGGAGAAAAGGCUGCAAUAAGACAGAUCAUCGUUGACCCUGAGCCCCUUGCCGCCCUCGCAUUGACCAUUCCCAAUACCUCUCAGGAAAGAGACCACACCACAUCCCACUUACUCGUUCAUCUCAAAACUAUUCUUGAAAUUUAUCUUGAGAACAUUUCUUUGCCAGCUAUAUCCCAACAUCUGAAAGAGGCCCUCAUCCCCAAAGAGCAAUUACCAGCGCUGAAUACUGUCACAGACCUAGCUACUUCCCGUGACGUUUCGAUUUCGGCUAAGAUUGCCGUCACGGACUCUGCCUAUCUACAAUCUCUGAAAACGUUCGCUCCCUCGCCUGUCCGUCAAACGACUCCACUAACCCUCCACUGUAGCGCUCGUUACUUUGACAGCGUGGUGGGAUUCGGUGAAUGGGUUGUUUACAUUUCGACAGCAGCUGACAGUCAUCUCCGUCAAUUUCGCCGAAAAGACAAGAAGAUCUUUGAGAUCAUUGUCAAAAAAAUUAGAGAAUUGUCGAAUGGCCGAUUUUCCGACGACAACCAGAAGAGAUUGAGCGGUCCAACUACACAAGUACCGAUAUUCGAGGCAAAGAUGCAGCAGUGCAAAUAUAGGAGAAGACCACAUGUAGCCGGGGACAAUGUAUACUCACCAGCCUCCUGGCCGUUAUCGGAAGACGCAGAAGCGACACAUGAUGUCAGCGUGCCAGACCUGCCUCCGGAUGAAUUAAGCCAGGUGCAUUCCACUUUCGUUCUUGAGAAAUUCAUCACGUUCUCCAAGGCAUGCUUGCGGAUCUCGAUGUGUCUUUCCCAUUUGAAGUCUCCCUCCAUAGUGGCCCAACAGCUGAACGAGUACGAAAACAGGCCUCGCGAAAGGGCUGUCAUUGAGUAUCCCUUCUCGUGCUAUGUCCUCGGUCGUAGCGGUACCGGAAAAACCACAACAAUGCUCUUCAAGAUGUUAUGGGUCGAGAGAGCAUAUCAAUCAAGCACAGAAGGCGCAAUCAAACCAAGGCAAGUAUUUGUAACUAAAUCUCGUCUUCUAGCCACAAAAGUCGGAGACUACUUCGAGAAAUUAUCGAAUUCGCUCGCGACUGGGUCAUGCUCGCCACAGGAACUGAAACUGCUUGCAAAGUCGAGACAAAUUCAAAUCCGACCACAACGUCAUCUUGUGGCAUGGAAUGAUAUACCCGAUUGGCGCAGUGACUUGCCAUCUAAGUAUAGUGACUUGGAGGAUCGCCAUUUUCCUCUCUUCAUCACCUUUGAUCAGUUAUGCUCAAUGCUCGAAACCAGUCAAAUUGAGCAAUACAACAACGACGCUGCCGAACUCAGCCAACGUUCGCACAACAACGAGCAACUAUCUACGACAUCUUUCUUCACUACUGUCGGAAAAAGGCCAUCCUGGGUGAUUACGAUGCGGCCGAAAGGUUUGAGCCAGUAUGGUGUUCCCGGCAGGAAGUUGGACCGUUUAUACGUCGACGAAGCCCAGGACAAUCUUCUCGUUGAUGCUCUGCAGUCUUCCCAGCCUCAGCAAUCCACCACAGUGUUAAGAUCGCUUUGUCGUAAUCCCAACGGCUUGUUCUGGGCCGGAGACACUGCACAAGCGAUAUCCAUUGGAAGUUCUUUUCGAAUCAAUGAUCUCAAGGCAUUUCUUUACCGAGUGGAGCGAUCAUUCCAAGAAACAAGCGAAGCUGAGAUCGAACUUGGAGCACACCAAUGCGUCCUGGUACGGGACGAGGUGGCCCGAGAGCGUCUUCGUAGUCAGGUUGGGUCAAUUGGCAUAAUUCUGACCCUCUAUGAAAGCAAAGGCCUGGAAUUUAAUGAUUGGCGAGUCAUCCUCAACGCUGUCGAUGUCAGUGUGCCUGUCCCCGAUUUCGACGAAAUGAGACAUGCACCUAUUUGUUCAGAACUGAAAUUUUUGUACGUUGCAAUUACGAGGGCCCGUAACAAUCUGUGGAUAGUAGAUUCAUCCUCGAAAGCUGAUCCAAUGAAGGUGUUUUGGACAUGCCAUGAUCUUGUCAAUGACUCUGUUUCUGAGUUCCGUUUCACCGAUCUCGCAGUAGAAUCUACUCCCGAGGAUUGGGAAAUAAGGGCAAAGGACUUCUUCGAUCAGGAACAAUUUGCACAAGCUCGGUAUGCCUAUAAGAAAGGAUUACUCCACCAUGCUGCUGAUGUAGCGAAUGCGUACGAGUUGCGCGAAAUCGCCCGAAGCCGUUCAACUGGACCCCCUCGAGCCGUUUUUGAACACCGCAUGAAAGCUUUUGCAAAGGCGUCAAGGGCGUUUCUCUCUUGUGCUAAGGAAGCAAUCCACGCACCAGAAGAUUAUUAUCGUGCCGCUGCUGAAUGUUUUGAGAACGCAGGCGACGGUCCCCAUGGUGCUUUAACUUACCUUCCAGAGGCUGCUAGGGCCUAUCUGCUUGCCAAGUGUUUCACAAAUGCAGCGCAGCUGUUCAGAAAAGCAGCAAUGUUUGAUGAAGCAAUCGACGUCAUCACCAAGCAUCCAGAGAAGGUUGAGAAAAGUGUUGUCAAACAAAUCAAGGAAGCAGCGCGUCUGAAAUAUUUUACCGUGAAGGAAUUCGAGAAAGCACACAAAUUGUUUGACUCAAUAGAGGAAGAGCUUGAAUACCUUAGCGAACGAAACUUCUAUGAAGCACAAGUAGAACUUUUGGUGUCCCUCGGACGAGUGGCUGACGCAGCCGAGCUCCACUUGUUGGAAGGUCACAUAAUUGAAGCACUGGAGUUGUUCCUUGAGGAUAAAGGUGACCCAAGCCAAUACACACAACGGGUCAUCCACUGCAUCCUGCAAGGCUUGUGGCGGGAAUUUUCCCUGGGGAGUAAAAAAUCUUCGACUGACGUUGUCGUCAAAUUGUUCCGCUAUGCUGAUUCAAUAGACCCAUCUUUGCUCAGCCCAAACGAACACGACGAGAUGGAGUUGUUCAAAGCGAUCUCCUCCCGAACAUUCAAGAAUCUAGUCUCCCUUGCUGAUGCAUUUUUUGAGCGACAAAAUAUGUCCGCUGCGUUGCUUUCCCUCGAUUAUCACUUCUCAGAACCCCAGGCAUGGCAAAACAUGGACCUUGUUUCGUUAACAACUACCCUGCGGCCAUUUUCCCUUUAUGUUCAACAACUUCAUGAUAUGGCAUUCUAUGCGGACCCGCGCACUAAUGGUCAUAUUUGGAAAAUGUUCGGACUCCGGCCCCAUGGCCAUGCUGCUUUCGUGGUCCCGCAUGGGACUUUCUUGCAUAAAAAGGCUACUUCUGCUACAGCGUCUACCAUGGAAGGUUCAAGAGAUGCCAUCGUCUUAAUCAAAAAAUUGCUUCGCAUUGUUCGCAACGCACUUUCCGAGCGCCUGCUAGAACGAGUUACCAGUCAAAAUGAGAUGUUCCGCAGAGCAAAAGCCCUUUUUCCCUGCCCACUACAUGUGCUGGGGAACUGUGUCAAAUCGGAUCAGUGCACAGAGGACCACAUCGAGCCGAACCACGUUUGGUACAAUACCUGGAUUCAGGCGCAUAUCUAUCAAUUCUUUUUUCCAAGAUUUUGGAUCGGUAAACUGUAUGAUGCACUGCUCGAUGAUCCCCCGGCUUACAAGUUUGGAACAAUAAGCAGCUUAAAGCAAGAGCUUUCCGGCGGCUUUGAAGCAGGGUUCCAGAUCAUCAUUGCCUGGAUUCGCGAAUUGGCAGAUAAUCUUGAAUUUUCAUCGCAUAUGGAGACCCAGUUGCUGACCCAAGUCAUGCAGACUACAGACUUGAGUUUGACCCUCAACGGGAAAGAAGCGCAAUUUUACUUGUAUCGCUCGAAGUUAAUCCCGCCACAGUACCUUCGAAAACCUAAAGACUAUAAUUCAUUGUUGGACCUUUUGUCCUCCUAUCAAAAUAGCAAACCCUGGAGUGUUCUCGUGGGCACUUUGUUCAUCAAGCAAAUUAUGCAAAACCGACUGCCUGUAGAGAUUGGUGUUCUUUGCACCUACAUCGAACAUCUCUGUACUUUAGCGAUUGUUGCCAAUCGUGUCCAAGGAACAGGGGGUUUGCACGACGUCACUCUCCCUUGCAGCUGGCUUUCCAAGGCUCUAGCCAACUUUAGCCUAGGUGAAGCCGCUGAUAAGACAAUCAACUUUUGGCUGUUUCCUCCUAUCCUGGGGGAUUUCAUAAAAUAUAUUUAUACGGCAAUUGGUUCCGAACACCUGUUAUUUGGGCCUGAAUUACGACCAUUAACAAAAGAAGAACUCCCCAUUCGCAAUAUGUUCAUCGCCCGACUUUAUCGUGUCUUGGUACUUCUGGGCUAUAAUAUUAGGGUCAUGGCCUUCAGAAGCCAGAUUUGGAGGGUUUCAAACGCAAUGCAUGGAUUUGGCCAGCCCCCAUUCUCCCCCCUCUACAAAAGAUAUGUCGGCGCGCGUGACUGGUGGGAAAUUUCAUCUGCUGUUAGGGAGUCGAUGCAAGGGUUAGCGUUGGAUGAAAUGGUCAAUCUUCAGCACGCAGCUCGGAUCGCUCUCCCCAUACAGGAGCAUCGAGGCUUGCGUAGGAUUGUAUACUCGGUUGUGGAAGAUAUCCCGGCCCUCCUGCAAUCUGGAUUCGAAGUCCCUCUUUCCAUAUCUGAAAGUCAAGAACUUACCUCGGACGUCGUCUCAGAGCCGCUAAACGAAGGAAGCAAAGAUGAUAUCUCUGAUCCUGUCGACAACGAUGUUCACGAAGAUCCUACAGAGCAUGACGCGGACCCCCUCAAUCUUGGUUACAAACUCGUCUCGGAGCCGCUAAACGAAGGACGCGAAGACGAUAUCGCUGAUCCUAUUUACGGCAUUCACGAACACCCUACAGAGUAUGAAACGGACCACAGCAUUGUCAUUGAGGAUAUUUCGCAACAAGUAGAAGAGCUUCAUGCUGCAUGCAUCCUCCAACGAGCAUUCCGUCGCUGCCUUACCAGGCAAAAGGAGAGAGAAGAGGACAGGCUGUCUGGUCGUUGCCGCCAUUUUUUUGCCAUAUGCCUGGACGUGGUCAAGAAGGACAAAUGGGAGAGGUCUCGAUAUAAGUUCUACUUCCUAGGUCCGCUCCCGCAUGUCCUAGCAUGUCUGGAUGCUGCCCAAGUAGCUGUUCUCGCUAAAAAAGAGGAAACGAAGAAACUGCUUCGAGGCGGGGACAUAAAAAACGAAGCAUGGGAUGACCUAAACUCCCAGCUAACACUGAUCGUCAAUGCACACAAAGGAGUAAAGCGAAUGCUGAAGACACUCGAACCCACUGCAGAGGUUCAUCGCCGCCACGACCUGACAAGUUUAAAAGUCCACAUCAGCCAAGCGGUGAACCUCCUUCGAACAUUCCCGUUCAAAGGGUCCGAAGAUCCUCAACUCUAUCUUGACAUAGCCUACAAGAGUAUGAGGGAACCAGUACGGAAGAGUGCGAAGAAAGAGAAGAAGCCCCAGUUGAAUUUGGAUGACGAGGAUUUGAUGCACCUUGACUAUGCGUAAGAUCGAUAUCAUUCAUCACUACUAUGAAUCUUGUAUUUUUGAACGUUUACACAUCUCAAAUAUCUUCCC